AUGCAUCUCAAAUUUUUGACUCUCAUGUGCUCAGUGGCAGGCGCCCUGGCAGCAAAUGGAGUUUUCAAUCAACCCAAGGGCAAGUCUUUCGUCACCAUUGAGUAUCAGGUCGGCUAUCCCAUCAACACCACGACGCCAGCCGGCGUGGUUGCCACCGUCCCAGUUUUGAGCGGCGAUAUCAAAGGAAGAUUCAAUGGCCACAUUGUGGAGAACAUUACCUCAUCCGUCGAAGCGUAUCUGGACACUUGCACCGGGAGCUUCACUAAUAAGCCAUAG